CCCUCGCCCGCGCCGCCCGCCCGCUCGCCCGCCGGGACGCCGUAGGGGCUGCCCCGCGCCGAGGCGAUGGCAGUGGGCGCGCUCUCCAGCUCCCUCCUGGUCACCUGCUGCCUGAUGGUGGCUCUGUGCAGCCCGAGCAUCCCGCUGGAGAAGCUGGCCCAGGCCCCCGAGCGGCCGGGCCAGGAGAAGCGCGAGCACGCGUCCCGGGACGGCCCGGGGCGGCUGAGCGAGCUGGGGCGCGCCGCGAGGGACGAGGGCGGCGGCGGCGCCCGGGACUGGAAGGGCAAGGGCGGCCGCGGGCUCGGCAGCGGCCGGGAGGCGUGGAGCAAGCAGAAGCAGGCCUGGGCUGCCCAAGGCGGGGGCGCCAAGGCCGGGGACUGGCAGGGGCGACCCCGCGGGGACACCCCACAGGGGGAGCCUCUGGCUGCCGCCGCCCAAGACGCGCUCAGCCCGGACCCGGCGCCCACGCCGGAGCUGCCUGAGGAGUACGCGUACCCAGACUACCGCGGGAAGGGCUGCGUGGACGAGAGCGGCUUUGUGUAUGCGAUCGGGGAGAAGUUCGCCCCCGGGCCCUCGGCCUGCCCGUGCCUGUGCACCGAGGAGGGGCCGCUGUGCGCGCAGCCCGAGUGCCCGCGGCUCCACCCGCGCUGCAUCCACGUCGACACCAGCCAGUGCUGCCCGCAGUGCAAGGAGCGCAAGAACUACUGCGAGUUCCGGGGCCAGACCUACCAGACUUUGGAGGAGUUUGUGGUGUCCCCCUGCGAAAGGUGUCGCUGCGAGGCCAACGGGGAGGUGCUGUGCACAGUGUCAGCGUGUCCCCAGACGGAGUGCGUGGACCCCGUGUACGAGCCCGACCAAUGCUGCCCCAUCUGCAAAAACGGUCCAAACUGCUUUGCCGAAACUGCCGUCAUCCCGGCCGGCAGGGAGGUGAAGACGGACGAGUGCACCAUCUGCCACUGCACCUACGAGGAGGGCACGUGGCGGAUCGAGCGGCAGGCCAUGUGCACCCGACACGAGUGCCGGCAGAUGUAGGCGCCACCAGGCCGGGACUCUCGCUUUUCUAAACCCAUUACGGAUCGGGCGCUCCAGGUGACUCUGAGAAGCACCACCCCAAGGGCGAAGCUUUUGAUACGGAACCGUGGAGAGUGGGUGGCACUUUUCCUUUUCUUGUAGCAACUGCUACAAGAGACGGCGGUGGAUGUGUUUGAACACGUCAAGCAGGACUUGGGGUAUGCAAAUCCCUCUCUAAA